AAGCGGAAAUCACCGUGUUUACAUUUUAGCAUGUUUGCUAAGUGUUGAAGCUAACGACUAACAGGUAGAUGUCAGGUUUAACUAUAAGUGGUGUCUUUAAAACAUCACUCACAUGUUUUAGAUUAGUAAAGUGUGCCUGCUUCCCUGGCUUCGUACCGGUAUACUGCUGUCGGUUUAUCGGUAAAACCCAGUCCAGACUUUGUCCUCGUCCCGUUUCCUAUCAGAGACCGUACGGAACAAACCGGCAAAUGCCCAAAAAAGAGAAAGUGGUUAAAGGACGGCCGGCUGGUGGUGCAGUAGCAGAGGCAGAAGCAUCUGGUCCCGUAACCAGAGACAAAAAUGGUGCUGUGACCAUAACGGUGCAUGCUAAGCCUGGCUCCAAACACAGCAGCAUCACAGAAGUUUCUGCAGAGGCAGUGGGUGUGGCCAUUGCAGCACCACCCACAGAUGGAGAGGCCAACACUGAACUUAUUCGUUACCUGGCUGAAGUUCUGGACCUAAAGAAAAGUCACGUUGUGCUUGACAAGGGUUCCAGGUCCAGAGACAAACUCAUCAGACUGGAUUCUGCCCUCAGCCCAGAGGAAGUGCUGAGGAGACUCAGACAGGCAGCAGGCUGACAGGACGGAUGUGCGACUGAAAAUUUGAAAAAGAUUCUCCCUCCGUCUGUUUCACUUGUUCAAGUUUUACAUGAGUUUUGAAGAGGGACGAAUGUCAGGCACAACCAGAUCAGAAAGGCUACUAGAAAAGCCAAAGUUGUACUCCAACAAGCACCAGUGAGUAGGAGACAUUUCAGUGACUGGAUGUAACUGACUGUAAACUUGAUAUGAUGUUUACAUGUUUGGAUGAAAGCAGUGGCUUAUAAAAUGUAUUAUUACGUUAAUUAGAUGUCAAAAUUGACACAAAUAAAUGGAACAUGACUACUA